AUGACUAUCAUCCUGAAUGAUUUAUUUAAUUACACUGAUUUGUGGCAGUUGUUUGAGGAUGAGUUUGCAAAUUUCACUGGCACGCCACCCACAGAAGAACGUCAUUAUAGUCCCUGUAAGAUGGACACUGAGACGCUCAACAAGUAUGCCGUGGUCGUCAUCUAUGCCCUGGUCUUCCUGCUGAUGAACCUGGCCAUGGCUGACCUGCUCUUUGCCCUGACCUUGCCUAUCUGGGCCACCUCCAAGGCAAAGGGCUGGAUCUUUGGCACAGCCCUGUGCAAGGUGGUCUCACUCCUGAAGGAAGUCAACUUCUACAGUGGUAUCCUACUGCUGGCCUGCAUCAGCGUGGACCGCUACCUGGCCAUUGUCCAUGCCACACGCACGCUCACCCAGAAGCGGCACUGGGUCAGGUUCAUAUGUUUAGGCAUCUGGGUCCUGUCCUUGAUCCUGGCCCUGCCCAUCUUCGUCUUCCGUGAGGCUUAUCAACCACCCUAUUCCAGCCCAGUCUGCUACGAGGACAUGGGUGCCAAUACAACGAAGUGGCGGAUGGUGAUGCGGGUCCUGCCCCAGUCUUUUGGCUUCCUCCUGCCCCUGCUGGUCAUGCUCAUCUGCUACGGACUCACCCUGCGCACGCUCUUUGCAGCCCACAUGGGGCAGAAGCACCGGGCCAUGCGGGUCAUCUUUGCUGUCGUGCUCGUCUUCCUGCUCUGCUGGCUGCCCUACAACCUGGUCCUGGUUGCAGACACCCUGAUGAGGGUCCGGGUGAUCGCGGAGACCUGUGAGCGCCGCAAUGACAUCGGCCGGGCCCUGGAUGCCACCGAGAUCCUGGGCUUCCUCCACAGCUGCCUCAAUCCUCUCAUCUACGUCUUCAUUGGCCAGAAGUUUCGCCACGGACUCCUCAGGAUCAUGGCCAUCCACGGCCUGGUCAGCAAGGAGUUCUUGGUCAAGGACAGCAGGCCUUCCUUCGUCGGCUCUUCUUCAGGGAACACCUCUACUACCCUCUGA